AUGACGUCGGCCCAACUCACCGAUGUUUUGACCGAGCGGUGGCCGCUCCUCGCUGUGGGCGCUACUACACUCCUUGUCGAGGCUAAGCACACCAAACUGACCGUCGAAAACAGUCUCGAGAUUGCCAGGGUCAUCAAGGUUGAUUUGACGCCCGCUCUCGUCCGAUUCAAUCCAACUAUUGCUGGGGAGGUCGCUGAGGCCUUUCGUCGCGAGCUUCAGAUCGGCGAUGACUGGACAGAGAUCAACAUCAACCAAAAGCUUCUCCGUAUCAUAGGCAUGGUCUCUGGGCGGAUCUUCAUCGGCCCCGAGCUCUGCCAUAGCGAAGAGUACCUCGACGCAUCCAUAAACUACACAAUCGAAGUCAUGACGGCGGUCCAGGAAAUCGGCCGUCUCAAGUGGUUCCGCGAUCUUCGAGCCCCAUACCUGCCCUCGGUCAAGCGCCUGGAUCAACGGAUCGAACAGGCCUUGGCCUUUUUGAACCCCAUUAUCAAUUCCCGCCUCGAAUCCUCGAAACACGAUCCCGGAUACGAGAAGCCCGACGACUUGCUUCAGUGGCUACUCGAUUCCUCCGCAAAGCUGGGCAAAGGAGAAGAUGUGGAACGCAUUGCGAAGCUCCAGCUCGGCCUCAGCUUCGCCGCCAUUCAUACCACGACGAUGGCCACCACAAAUGCCUUUUACAACCUCGCUGCCAUGCCAGAGAUUAUCCCCGAGCUUCGUCAAGAGAUUCGGGACGCCCUUGCGGAGACGGGAGGAAUUUUCACCAGCCAGGCUCUGCAGAAGAUGAAAAAGCCCGUUUUGAGCAAUCCCGAACUGACCAAGCUAGCCUCGUUCCACCGCAAGGUCUUGAAGACCGUGACUCUGUCCAGCGGCCAAGUUCUUCCCGCAGGAUCCACCAUCGAAGUGUCUGCGGUUGGCGUCAACCUCGAUGAGGAAAUAUUCCCCGAUAGCGACAAGUUCGACGCCUUUAGGUAUUACCGCGCGCGGGAGGAGGGCACGAAGGAGAAGGGGGCCCGUUCCGCGGAGACUGUUGCGACGAACCAGUUCUUUGCUGCCAAUGAGAUCAAGAUGAUCUUGUCGAAUGCGCUCUUACGAUACGAUCUGAAGAAUAUCGACUCCGAGGCUGGGCGCAUCCCUAAUCUAGAGUUUGGUACGAUGCUUGAGAAUGACAUGGACGAGGCUAAUGCGAUGCUGUCACCAGUCAACUCCCGAUGGCUCGAAUUCAAGCUUUUGUGCCGUGGAAAUGACUACGACACACCCCACGACACCACUGCCCCCGGAUACCAUCUCCCUUCCAUAGCGGACGAGAUCGCGGCUCUAGUCCUCGAGCAGUUCAACUCACUACCUAAGAAACGGAAACCCACCGUGCGUGACACGGGCGCCCACGAAUGGAUUCCGCUCAGCAGCAUCGUAGCUGAGAGGAAUGGCCAGCAUCGCUGUGUAGCCCUCGCGGGAGUCAAGAGGCUAACUAAAGGGGUGGAAAACGUGGUGGCACGCCCGUUCCCCCUCCCCCGCAGUACAGGUAUGAAGUGUCUUCCCGCGGCGAAGCUCAAGGAAGCCAAUGGUAACGGGCUGCAUGACUGGCAUGCCGAAAUCCUGGCCAUCCGCGCCUUGAACCACUUUCUCCUCACAGAGGCCCGCGAGCUUAGUAGCGGCAAGGAUACGAAUGAAGAGUUGCGCCUCCUACGUUGGACCACGCCCGCGGAUAGGGAGGCGCAAGUCGGCAUGUCCCAGCCAUUUACCAUUCGUCAAGAUGUGAAACUAUACAUGUAUUCUUCCGAAGCUCCGUGCGGAGACGCAAGCAUGGAGCUCACCAUGUCCGCCCAAGAAGACCCAACGCCCUGGUCCGUCCCAACACCCUCCGCCAGCGACGACCCGCAGCUCCCCGGCCGCCAAUACUUUUCCCAUCUCGGCAUCGUGCGCCGCAAGCCCUCUCGCCCCGACGCUCCGCCCACCCUCUCCAAGUCUUGCUCCGACAAGCUCGCGUUGGCCCAGGCAACCUCCCUCCUUUCCUCCCCCGCCGCGCUGCUCAUCAACCCCGCCAACGCCUACCUUUCCGCCCUGAUCCUGCCCUCGGCCGUCUUCGUUCCCGACGCCUUCCACCGGUGCUUCUCCGAUCGAAUGGGCGCCGUCAGCAGCGCGACGUGGCCUGGCGGGUACCACUUUUGGGCGGUACAACCCGCCGUCACCUCUGUCGAGUUUACCUUUUCAAGGCGCGAAGUGGCCCGGCGGUCCGGCGGGGCUAUGGUACCCUGCAAUGUCUCGGCCGUCUGGGGCGCGCAGGGCCUGGAAGAGGGCUUGGUCAACGGCAUUCUGCAGGGUAAGAAGGCGUUUACCGAACGCGGAGCGAGCUCGCUCUCUAGGAGAAGAUUGUGGGAGCUCGCGGCGGAUGUCGCGGGGUUACUUGGGGAGGAGGGAGAAAAGAUUCGACAAGCGCUGGCCGAGGCAAGCUAUGGGGCGAUAAAGGGGAGCCGACCUCUCGCGCAAAGGCGAGACGUCAAGGGGCUUGUGCGCGAAGACGCGUUGAAGGGAUGGGUAAGAAACGUGGGGGAUGAUGACUUUGUCAUUACUAGGAACUUGCACACUUGA